AUGGUGAAGCGGUUUAGUGGACUGCAGAAGGACGUUCUGCAUCUAUACCGAGAGUUCAUCAGGGUCGCCUACACAAAGGCUCCUGAAAACAGGCCUCACUUCAUAGGCUACAUCAGAGAGGAAUUUCGGCGCCAUAAGGACCUGCCUCGCAAGAACUUCGUUGCAAUUGAGCAUUUGCUGCGGGUAGGCAAGAAGAAGUUGGCGCUGUACUCCAGCCCAGAAAUCAAGGACAUCCGCUGA